GCGAAGUUUUGGGGUCGCGCGGGGAAACAUCAGAGCCAAUUGCCACAUAGGGGAAUUGAACGUCACGCAUAAUUCUACGUUGGUAACCUGCGUAAACGCCCGGACACCAAGAUUAACUCAGCGGCACACCAGGCCACAUAAACACGUCGAGGUUCACGUCGGGCGCCCCUGCCCUGACGGUGCAUACGUGGCAGCGUGGAGCAGAGCAGCGUGUAGUCAGCGUCUCCAUGCAUGCAUCUGGGGCCUUAGUGCCCAGCCAUUCGCGAUGUGGGUUAGCAAGAGGCCUUGGCGCCAGGCGCUGUGAGGCAGGCCUGGCAUGGCUCCGCGCGCCUGCGACGUGUGCGCUUGCUGCAAGUGGCCGCGGCGCCUCAAGUCGUGUGGCUGCAGCUGCAGCGGCUGCUGCCGAGGCACCCGCGGCGGCGGGGACGGCAGAGAGCCGGCUUGCGGCGGCGGACCUGGCCCUGCGGCUGCAGGCGGCGGCGGAGGCAGCCAGCGGGCACACGGACUCCCACAUCUACGGGAUCCCCAGGGACGAGUGGCUCCAGCUGCAGGGCCCCAGCCGCUACCUGGGCAAUGAGGUCGGCGCCGUACACAAACCCUGGCAGGACGCCGCUGUUCGCUUCUGCCUGACCUACCCGGAGAUUUACGAAGUUGGCGCCUCCAACCAGGGCCACAUCAUCUUGUACACGGUGCUCAACGCCGCCGCCGGGCUGUCCUGCGACCGCGCCUACUUCCCCGCCGCCGACAUGCGGGCACUGCUGGAGCGACACGGCCUGCCGCUGUUCGCCGUGGAGAGCAGGCGCCCGCUCCGUGACUUCCACGUGCUGGGCUUCAGCCUGGCCUACGAACUGGGCGGCACCAACGUGCUGGACAUGUGCAGGCAGGCGGGCAUCCCCGUCAGCUGGCAGGAGCGGCUGGAGCCGGCGGGCGUGCCCUGGGACCCCGCCGCCGGCUCCUGGCCCCUGGUGUUCGCGGGCGGCCCCACAGCCACAUCCAACCCCGAGCCCUUCGCCGACUUCUUUGACUUCUUCGCGCUGGGCGACGGCGAGGAGCUCCUGGUGGAGAUCGGCCAGUGCCUCAAGACGUGCGUGGCUGACGGGCUGGACCGGCGCUCCAGUCUGCUGCGGCUGGCGCAGCAGGUGGAGGGCGUGUACGUGCCACAGUUCUACGAGGCGCCGCCGGGUUUCGGCGGCAGUGUGGUGCCUGUGGUGGACGGCGUGCCGGCGCGUGUGAAGCGCCGCACCUGCCAGCCAGACCCCUUCCAGCAGAUCGGGCUGGUGCCGUACGUGGAGACGGUGCACGACCGCAUGACGGUGGAGAUCCGCCGCGGCUGCACACGUGGCUGCAGGUUCUGCCAGCCCGGCAUGCUGACACGGCCGGCACGAGAUGUGGAGCCAGAGAAGGUUGUGGCGGCGGUGGAGGAGGGCCUGAGGAAGACGGGCUACAAGGAGUUCUCGCUGCUGUCGCUGUCCUGCUCCGACUAUCUGUCGCUGCCCAGUGUGGGCCUGGCCAUCAAGAACCGCAUGCAGGAGGAGGGUGUGGUGCUGUCGCUGCCCUCCCAGCGAGUGGACCGCUUUGAUGACAACAUCGCCAACAUCAUCGGCAGCGGCCAGGGCCGCAAGAGCGGCCUGACGUUCGCGCCCGAGGCGGGCACCCAGAGGCUGCGUGACAUCAUCAACAAGGGCCUGACCAACGAGGAGCUGCUUCGCGGCAUCAAGACCGCCUGGGACGGCGGCUGGCGCCAGGUCAAGUUGUACUUCAUGAUUGGGCUGCCCGGCGAGACGGACGCGGACGUGAUGGGCAUCGCCGAGACCAUCGAGUGGCUGCAGCGGGAGUGCCGGACGGGCAAGUGGCACCUGGCCGUGAACGUGACCAUCUCUAACUUCACGCCGAAGCCGCACACGCCCUUCCAGUGGCACUCCGUGUCCACCUCCGAGUUCGCUCGCAAGCAGGCCAUGCUGCGGCAGGCGCUGGGCAAGCUGCCGCAGGUCAAGGCCAACUUCACGUCCAUCCGCGUCAGCGCCAUGGAGGACUUCGUGGGCCGGGGCGACCGGCGGGUGGCGGGGGUGGUGCGGCGCGCAUGGGAGCUGGGAGCCACCAACGACUCCUGGUGGGAGAGCGAGGAGCGGGCGUACUCGUACUGGUGCCGAGCCAUCGAGGAGGCGGGCAUGGACUGGAAGUACCGGCAGGUGGAGGCGGGCGAGUGGGAUGUGCUGGAGGCGCUGGGUGACGAGCGCUUCCGCGGCCAGGGCGGCGGCGGGCGGGGGCGGCUGGACCGCGGUGUGCUGGCGGACGACCGACUCAACAUGCCGCUGCCCUGGGACCACAUCGACACGGGCAUUGCCAAGUGGUGGCUGAAGGCGGACCUGCAGCGCGCGCUGGAGGCGUCCACAGUGCCCGACUGCUCGCACAGCGGGCUGUGCUCCGAGUGCGGCGUGUGUGAGGAGGACGCUGGGUUCGGACAGAACGUGGUGGCGGUGCCGCCGCCCGUGCCCGAGUUCCAGGGACACUACAAGCCCCGCACGGCCAAGACGCAGCGGCUGCGGCUGCGCUUCAGCAAGGGCGGCGACCUGGUGUUUGUGGGGCACCUGGACCUGCUGCGGGCCAUUGACCGGGCCAUCCGCCGGGCCGCGCUGCCUGUGGCGCACGACAAGUCGCCCUUCCACUCUCGACCGCUGGUGGCGGUGGCGCAGCCGCUGCCGCUGGGCGCCACCUCCAGCUGCGAGCUGCUGGAGCUCUACCUGGCUGAGCGCAUGGAGCCGGCGGAGGUGCGGCAGCGGCUGCAGGCGCAGCUGCCACCGGGAAUGGUCCUGGAGGAGCAGGUUGAGGAGUGCGAGAUAUACAAGGCUGACGGCACUCGCUCCGAGACGAUGGCCAAGCUGACACGGUCCGUGGAGUGGUACAUUGCCGUACAGCAGGUGUAUGAGGUCGAGACCGAUGCGGCCGCCGCAUCCGAGCCAGCCACCUCCUCGUCCACCCCUGUAGCACCCGUGGAUUUUGGCGCAGCGGUGGCCGCUGUGCGUGCCAUGGACAAGUACGUCAUCAGCAAGCGCACGCUCAAGAAGCAGCGCAAGGUGAAGGAGGACCUGCGCUGUCAGCUGCUGGACAUUGCCCACAUCGCUGACCCGCUGGACAGCCCGCUCGCCACCGCGGCGCCGGCACUACUGGGGCGGCUGGCGGGCGCGGAGCUGGCAGGCACCGGCGGCACCUGGGCCGUGAUCAAGUACUCCUCAGGCAAGAAGGAGGACAACAACGUCCUGCCUCCGGAGCGGGUGGUGGAGAUGCUGGCUGCGGCGGCGGGCGGCGAGGCGGCGGGCGUCAAGCUGGCCCUGGUGCACAGUCACCGGUCCGCCAUCGAGCUGGAGCCGCCGGCGCGCGCCCCCGUCAACGAGACGCAGGCGCAGGUGCUGCGGUCGCUGGCGCGGUGGGAGGGUCACAUGGCCGCCAAGAGGCAGUUCGGCAUGGGGCCGUGGGCGGCGGGGCUGGAGACGCGCGGGGCGCGUGAGGACACGAAUGUAAUGGUGUGAGACGCGCAGGAGAUGGAGGAAUGGCGUGGGUGUGAGGGGAGUGAGGGCAUUUGAGGGGAUUAGAGGGGAAGGGGCAGGACUGCAGGAGGGGUUGGCGUGUGGGUGGAGGGGGGAGGUUGUGAGGCGUGGUGAAGCCUGGGUAGACUGGGGUGCAACGCGGACGUCUGACGGUGUGGUCCCGCUUGCGGUGUCAAGUGUGGCAUAGGAGGUCUCUGCUACCAGCUCCGGCGCAGCUGCGCUGUAAAAGCAUGCGCAGGGGAAAGAUGGGAUGGCUGGGCGGCGGGCGCGCCACGUCACCACGUGUGACACCUGCACAGGAGCGGAGGCUUCCAGACAGAAUGCGGGUUGUGGGUGCGUCCAGGGGCACCUUUCAGGGUCGCCUUCAUCCUCCGUGCGCCCCUUCCGCCCCUGCGACAGAAUGCCUCGCAGCUGUAAACACCGUCACUG